UACUCCAAGUCCAUAAUCUAGUGACAAAAAUAAUUAAGAUAAUAUAAAAUCGAUACCACGCAAAACCCUCUCUCCAUCUUCUUCAUCCUGUGCAAAAACCCACCGCCACCGCCUAAAAGCACAGUUGUAUCUAUAUACCUGAAAUAUCUCUCUGAGUUCGAAGCAUAACUAAUUAUGUUGAUCGGAAGAAUUAGAGGGCGGCUAGCAGCAGCUGCAAAGAAGAGCUAUGGGUUGCGAAACACGGCGGCGCUCAUCUCCUCCAAUGGGUUCAAUCAACAGAAGCAGCUGUUCCAUCUAUACACUCCCCUUAAUCAUUCUUCUCGUAUUCACAAUUCGGUAGUUGGAGGUCACAUGUCUCUAUUGAAUGAUUCAACUCCCUUUCUCUAUUACUCGCAACGAUUUGGAUUAUCAUCAUCAGCAUCUCCUGAAGCUGAUGAGAAGGCUGCAACUAAAAAAUCUGAAAACGCUUCAAAAGCAAGUGAGCAAGAUGAAGUAUCUGAUCAUAGAAAAUCAUCUGUGUCCGAACAGGAAGAAGAGUCAGGUUCUGAUGAGGACCUCUCUACGGAAGAUCUGGUAAAACUUGUGGCAGAAAAAGAGGAAAUUCUCAAGGCGAAGAACAAAGAGAUUGAAACCAUGAAAGAUAAAGUUCUGCGGACCUAUGCUGAAAUGGAAAAUGUCAUGGACAGGACACGACGUGAAGCAGAGAAUUCGAAAAAAUUUGCCAUACAGAGUUUUGCCAAGGGCUUGUUGGAUGUUGCUGACAAUAUGGGUAGAGCUUCUUCAGUUGUCAAAGACAGUUUCGCGAAGAUGGACACGUCUGAGGACAGUACUGGAGCUGUGCCACUGCUAAAAACAUUGCUGGAAGGUGUUGAAAUGACUGAAAAGCAGUUGACCGAGGUACUCAGAAAAUUUGGAGUGGAGAAAUAUGAUCCUAUGAAUGAGCAGUUUGAUCCUCAUAGGCAUAAUGCUGUUUUUCAAGUGCCAGAUCCCACCAAAGAUCCAGACACCGUUGCUGUUGUCUUAAAGUCUGGAUACAUGCUACAUGAUAGGAUUUUAAGGCCUGCCGAAGUUGGGGUGACAGUAGCAGCAGACAAGAAUGAAAGCUCUGAGGAUUGAAAGAGUACGGUUUUAUGUAAUUUUAAGGGAUCCUGAUUAAUCAAGCAAAUGUAUUUUAUCAAAAUCUCUUUAGCAAGAAAGAUGGGAUUUUUCUGAGUUUUCUCUAUUUAUAAACUUGACAAUAAGUAUGCCACAGGAGGGAUUUAGUAUAUUAUGAGCUAAAUUGAGUUGACAAGUACAGUUUUGAGGCAAAUUAUAAGAUACCAGUUGGACUA